UCAGCGUCACCUACAUCUGUGACGCGAGCGAAAUAAAUUCACGCCGCGUACUCACGCGUUUCCGUCAAACAAAGAUUAACGGAUAAAAUUUUAGUGAAAAAAAAAAUAUAGUGAUGUAUAAAAUACCAGUGGCUUUCCUAAAACAGUUAUGGCUAACAUUGGGCGCAUCACUGGCAUUUCUGAUAAUUGGAUUGGUGAGAGGUUACUCGGCUUCCGCCAUCCCAUCAAUUGAAAGUCUAAAUCCACACCUCAUACAGUCUAAUGAACAGAAAUCAUGGAUUGGUGCCAUUCCACCGUUGGGUGCAUUCAUAGGCAGUCUUAUCUCUGGAGAGUUAAUGCAGCGUGCUGGCCGUCGAAGAACUUUACAAAUAGCCUCUCCUCUUUGGCUGGCAGCCUGGCUCGUUCUGGGGUUCGCUAAUCACUUCCCAUUAGUUGUGCUGGGUCGUAUGAUGUCAGGAUUAUGUGUAGGUUUCGUGUUAGCUCCGGCACAAGUUUAUGUGAGUGAAUGUUGUGAUCCGGAGAUUCGCGGUCGACUCGGCUCUUUGCCCACUCUAUCUAUGUCAUUUGGCAUUCUCUUAUCCUAUGUCGCUGGUAACUGGCUACAAUGGCGGCACCUUGCUUUCUUCUCUGCUAUUUUCUGUGUGGUACUGUUCGUCGUAUUACUGCCGUUGCCAGAAUCACCAGUUUGGUUGGAAACACAGGGCAGUGAUCCAGCAGGUUCAGUCAAAUGGUUGCACCUCUCUGCACGAGCCACCGUUAUUGUUAAGGAGGAACCAGAAGAGAAAAUCGAGUCAGCGGCACCACCGAAGCUGUUUACUCGUAAAGUAUUCUUUUCAUCGGCUGUGCUGAAGCCUUUGACUGUUGGAUUCGCCCUACUCAUUUUCCAACAGUUCAGCGGUAUAGACGCUGUCAUAUUCUUCACAGUAGAAAUAUUUCAAAAUGCAGGAAGUACGUUAGACGCUAUGACAGCCACCAUUAUUAUAGGCUUAGUUCAAUUAUUGAGUAAUGGAGUUAGCGUAAUGUUGGUGGACCGCGCUGGUCGGCGGCCCUUACUGCUGGUGUCUGCUGCAGUGAUGUGCGUCGCCAUGGCUGCCAUGGGAUCGGCUUUCUAUUUCGAGUUAGACAAAAUGUCGUGGCUUGGGUACUUACCUAUAGCAAGUUUGGUCGUUUUCAUGAUGGGAUUCUCCAUUGGUUUCGGCGGACUACCCUUCCUACUGCUAGGGGAACUGUUUCCGACUCACUACCGGUCCCAGCUCUCAGCCAUGGCUAGCGCUGUCAACCUGCUUUCAAUGUUCAGUGUCAUCAAGACUUAUCAUGCUCUUGACACCCUGCUUACAUCUGCUGGAACAUUCUGGAUGUAUUCUUGCUUUUGCGCAGUGGCGUUCGUAUUCGUUCUUUUAAUGGUACCCGAGACCAAGGGGAAGUCUCUCGCUGAAAUCGAGGAACACUUCCGUGGAAAGAAGAAAGAUAAGGAUGUAGUCAAUUUACAAAGGAUCUCUACUAUUUCUUAAAUAGAUGAAUUGAAUAGAUAUUUAAGUGAUUAUUACAUAGCAUAAAU